AUGGCAAGUUUAACAGUGUUGUUGCAUCAUUCUGGCAAGUGGAACGAUGAGGGCAAUUACAUCGGUUUUUCAAUUGAGGGAAUACCGAUAAAGGAGUAUGCCUCCUUUAAUGAUCUGGUUGCUUCAAUUUCUAAUCAAUUGGGUAUAGAUUUGAGCUCAAAGACCAUUAAAAUUCAAUACAAAGUAGAAGGAAAUUGCACGCCAAUGGAAAUACACAAUGAUAUGGGUUAUAGAGUCUAUGCAUUAUUAUGUAUUUCAGAAGAUUGUGAAUGGAGGUUUAAGGCUUCAAGCAUUAACAAAUCAGAACUAUUCAAAGUGAAAGAAUUCAAUGAUAACCAUACAUGUCCGCUGAAGGACAAGAUGUAUGAGCAGCGGCAGGCUAGUAGCAGCCUUAUAGGUGGUAUGAUAAGGCCUACGCUUACCAACCAUAAGAGAAAAUACACCCCAAGGGAUAUUAUUGAUGAUGUGAAAUUAUAUUUAGGUGUAGAUGUUAGAUACAUGUUGACGUGGAGGGCUAAAGAAAAGGCAAUGAAUUUUUUGAGAGGUGAACCGGCUGAUUCAUACAAAACAUUACCAGGAUACUUAUAUACAAUGGAUAUGACAUAUCCAGGUUCCCACAUCAGAAUGGGGUUUGAUCAUUGUAGACCCAUUGUUGUUGUGGAUGGAAGUCACCUAAAAUCUUACUACACCGGGACAUUCGUUUCGGCAAGCACGUUGGAUGGUGCAGGUCAUAUAUUGCCACUAGCAUAUGGUGUUAUUGAUUCAGAGAACGAUGCUGCUUGGACGUGGCUCUUUGAGCAAUUAAAGAUAGCAUACGGUGACAGGAACAACAUGUGCAUCGUUUCAGAUAGAAAUGAGAGUAUCAUUAAAUCUGUAUCGAGAGUGUAUCCAGAUGUACCGCAUUUUGCUUGUAUAUGGCAUCUAUGA